AUGCCCGCCGAACUUGUUUUUGUAAAUGCCGGCGCUGUUUGUCAUCUGCACUGGAGCAGCAGCAGUAUAAGAAAGUCGAAGUCGCUCCAAGUUCCAGCCGCAGCAGAUUUUACUUUGUUUUGCGUGCUGACGGGUUGGCCUAACUUGUUACGCGCGCGCAGGCUGGAGGGGAAGGUGGCGCUGAUCACCGGCGGCGCGAGCGGCAUCGGGGAGUGCACGGCGCGGCUCUUCGUGAAGCACGGCGCGCGCGUCGUGGUGGCCGACAUCCAGGACGAGCUCGGCGGCCGCCUCUGCGCGGAGCUGGGCGCCGGCGCCGCCAGCUACGUGCACUGCGACGUCACCGUCGAGGGCGACGUCGCGGCGGCCGUGGACCACGCCGUGGCGCGCUUCGGCGGGCUGGACGUCAUGUUCAACAACGCCGGCAUCGGCGGCGCGGCGUGCCACAGCAUCCGGGAGAGCACCAAGGAGGACUUCGAGCGCGUGCUGGCCGUCAACCUCGUGGGCCCCUUCCUCGGCACCAAGCACGCCGCGCGGGUCAUGGUCCCCGCGGGGCGCGGCGGCUGCAUCAUCGGGACGUCGAGCCUGGCCUCGGCGGUCGCCGGCGCCGCGUCGCACGCGUACACGUGCGCCAAGCGCGGGCUGGUGGCGCUGACGGAGAACGCGGCGGCGGAGCUGGGCAGGCACGGCAUCCGGGUCAACUGCGUCUCGCCCGCCGCGGCCGCCACGCCGCUGGCCACGGGGUACGUGGGCCUGGAGGGGGAGGCGUUCGAGCAGGCCAUGGAGGCCGUGGCGAACCUCAAGGGCGUGCGCCUGCGCGUGGCGGACAUCGCCGCCGCCGUGCUCUACCUCGCCAGCGACGACGCGCGGUACAUCAGUGGGCACAACCUGCUCCUCGACGGCGGCUACUCCAUCGUCAACCCGUCCUUCGGGAUCUUCAAAGACUGAGCUUGACCGAUCAGUGCGUGUUGCUAGUCGCUGUGGUAGCACUGUUUGUUUUUGCUCUGUGAUUGCUUGACAGAGAAGUGAGAUCGCUAGAGUCCGU